AUGAAUCACAGCAAAGAUGACUUUGAGCCUUUUGAAUAUUCUUACUAUGACUAUUCAGACUGGUACUCGGAAAAUGCAGAGCCAACAAAACCUCCCAAAGAAGUUAUUUUGCCAUGUGACCCCACAGCAGACGACCUGCUCUUCAACAUAUGUAUACUCUCAAUAUCUCUGGCGGUCAUGUUAGUCCUGGCAGUUCUAACCAGGAAACACAAACUCUGCCAAGGAUUCACACGAGGAUCCUCCAGCAUCUUUAGUCCAGCAAACUUCCUGGAUCAGACACAGAAAAAAGGCCUGAUCAUGGCCGUUUUUGGACUGGUGUUCAGCAAGCUGGCGAUGCUGGUGAUCGCACCCGACCCCCUGCCGUUCUCCAAGGACACUCCGGCGGAAAUCAAAGAGUACAUGAAGAUAGUCGCCAUCUUCUACUAUCCAGUGCUCUACUAUCCUCUGAUGGUUUGUUGCACUCUGCAGCACAAAGUCGGUUAUGUGUUAGGGACGCUCCUCUCCUUCAGUCACUUCGGAGUCCAGCUGUGGCAGAAGUUUGACUGUCCGAAGACACCAGAGAUCUAUAAAUUCUACGCUCUGCUUGCGACUCUGCCUCAGCUGGCCUGCCUGGCUUAUCUCUGCAUCCAGUUUCCUUUGCUGUUUAUCAAAGGACCAAUAAAUGAUGAGGAUCUCGACAGCAGCUACUACACUCAGUAUGUGAAGGCACUCCUCAAGAAAAGGCCCUCAAAUGCCAGCUCCUUAACUACAGACAAGCCAACGCUGGCAGAGAGAAUACUGGAAGUGCCCAAGAGUUAUAUUUAUAUACCAGAAAAAGUGUUUCGAUUCCCACUAAAGCUGGCUGUAUCAGCGUUUGUCACCCUGGUGGCAAUAUAUCAUACAGCACUGUUGUUAGUCGUCCUGGUCGUCCCCGUCCUCCACAUCGUCCGUGCUGGUAUUGAUGAAAACAUCGCCUUCCUGCUUCUCGGCUUUGGGAUCGUCCUAUCAGACGACAGGAUGGAAGUUGUCCAAAUCGUGACUUUCUACACAUGGUUGCUGGAAGUUUGCUACCUCUGUGCGAUGACCCUCUCUUGUAUAGUCAGCCUCGUCAUGCUCAUGAAGUCCAUGAUACUCCACAGGUCAAACCUAAGAGGACUGUACAAAGGAGACAGUUACAGCAUUUAUCACAGCCCGAAGACCAUCCGUCCAUCCAACUUUGGUGUUGUGUGUUGGAUGGGCUUGACUGGAUACCAGGCGGCAAUCGUCUGUCUCGGAAUGGCGAUCCAGACGGUUGUGUUUUUCAUCUGUUUCUUGUUUCUGGUGUUUUUGAUCAUCAUCCCCGUUUUUCAUGGUCGUAACAUCGUUGUCUUUGAAAUCCUGGGAAAGGCAUGGCCAGGCUGGGUCACACUGAUACUUGUUACAGCUCUUCAACACGUGACUGCUAAGUUUGCUUUCAUCAAAAAAGAAGCUGGCACAAGAGACUUGAAGAACAGAGAGAGUCUGUUUCUUCUGACUUAUCUGCUGUUCUUGGUCAACGUUGUGGUGGGACUAGUAGUCGGCAUAUGGAGAAUAGUGAUUACCGCUUUGUUCAACAUCGUACAUCUUGGUCGUAUCGACGUCAGCCUGAUGCACCGCACCUCAGAGUUCUUUGACCCAGCCUACAGCUACUACACCAACUUCCUGAAGGUGGAGGUCAGCCAGUCCCACCCGGUGAUGAAAGCUUUCUGCGGGAUUCUUCUGGACAUGAUGAUCGAAGGUGGCCGAGUGGGACAGAAAAUAAGAGACGCAGAGGAAGGCAUUCAGGACAAUCAGCCGAGCAAGGCCACCAGCAGUCGGAGGAUUCGCGCUCGCUGGCAGCUGCUGUACACGCUGGUCAACAACCCGUCCCUGCUGGGCUCCAGGAAGCACUUCCAGACGCUGCAGACCUUGGGCAGCGUCCUCAACGGGACCCCGAGUCACACGCCUAAGAAAGGCAGCAAGAAGGAAGCCGCCGAGCCAGUCCAGUCCACCGAGAUCCAGAGUACCCAAGAUAAAACUGACUGA